CAAAACCGGAAGUGACGUAGUUAGCGUUUAAUGUCAAAGGAUUUCACGCCAACAAGUGUCAGCAUAUAUUCAUCCUGAUAUUCCUCCAAUAAUGGCAACAAAACAUAUUACGGAUUCAUAUCCUAAGGUUAAAAAGCCAAGUAAAGAACAAAAGUGUGUUAAAGAUCAAUUGCCAUCUACUAGUUAUCAACAUCAGCCAGUAAUAGACCUCACGGAUGACUUAAAGAUACUGAAGAAUUUUGACCUGACAUUAGAAUAUGGACCAUGCACUGGAAUAACACGACUGGAGAGAUGGGAACGAGCACAUAAGCAUGGCCUUAACCCUCCUAAUGAGGUCAAGGACAUUCUUUUGAAAAACAAAGACAGUGAAGAGUACACAUUGUGCUUGUGGAGAGACUAUGAAAUAUAAUGAAAAAGAAGCACAGCUACCCGGAUAUGUGUUCAAUCAUUACAUUAGUCCGAACAAUUUGUUUUAAGCAUCAUACAGCGUGCAGUUUGCUGGUUUGUCUCUAUCAUUUAAAUUUGUAAUAUAUGAGUUAAUAUCAUGCAUUUACCAGUUGAUGUGGAGUUUUUGAUGUAAAUGUACUGCAUAAGUACAGUGUUUAAUCAAGCAGCAUAUAGAUAAGUUUUAAAGAAAUUUUUGUUUUGUUUGGUAUGCAUAAUGUUCAAUGAGUGAACAUUGUAUAGUCGUAUUUUAUUUUAUCCCUAUACUUACUGUAUUUAACUGAUUUUUAUACAAUUUUACUUUUAUAUGAGAAUAGUGUAUUUAGAAUAUUGUUGUAUUGUGUUUACAUGCACAUUUGAUAUGUUUGAGAACUGAUUCUGUUAUAUGGUAGUUCUGGUGUAAAUAAAUAUUUUCAUCAGAUUCA